AUGGGCAAUUGCGUCAGCUGUUUCCGCGGCGACGGAGAGGCGCGUGCAGUGAAAGCGACAGGUGCCGCUUCCGCACAACAGACGGACGGCGCGCCCCAGCUGUCGUAUUCGCCGUCCUCCGUUGCGGACCACCGCGCAUACCAAUCCGCGCCGCUCCUCCGCCCGCGGAGCCUCCACCCUUCCGAAGUGGUUCCGGUCGACCCUUCCCCCUCCCCGCCGCCGGCGCCUCAGGCGGAAGAACUACCGCGCGCCCCAGCCGCCUCAUCCGGAGAGUCCCGCAGCCCUUACAACGACUCAUCGAGCUCCGCCGCAGCCAAUUACGACCCUUCGAGUUCCGCCGCAGCGGCAGCCGCGGCCUAUUACGACCCUUUGAAUUCCGCAGCCUACUAUAACUCGAGCUUCGACCCCCAAGCCUACCGCGCCGCGUCGGACUCGUCGAGCUUUUCCGCCGCGCCCCCCGCGCAACAGCCGCCGCCGCCGCCGCUUCUCCCCGCCAGUUCCCCCGCCGAGUCCUCCCUCCCCGCGCAGAUUUCCGCCAUGAGUUCCGCGCGCGACGCCGCCUCCGCGCGGACGUCCGCCGGCCUCCCUCCGCUCCGCGAGUUCAGCUACGCGGAGCUGCGCGCGGCGACGGGGGGGUUUUCGGACUUAUUGGGGGAAGGGGGGUUCGGACAGGUGUACCGCGGGCGGCUGAUGCUGCCGCAGGCUGCGGACGGCGGCGCGACGAGGGAGCGUGAGGUGGCAGUCAAAGUGACGAAUGGCAGACAAUUCACCGAGAGAGACAUGAGGUGCUUCGAGGCUGAGGUGGAAGCCAUGUCAGCACUGAAUCACCCCAACAUUCUGAAGCUAGAAGGCGUGGCUAUGGACAUGGAGCAGAGGCCGAUUCUCGUGUAUGAGCUCAUCCCGGGAGGCGAUGUCAAGAAUCUUCUAGCACGAGUCCGCAGGAAAGAAGCACGUUUCCCCUGGAAGGAUCGUGUGAAGGUUGCGCUGGGGUGUGCCGAGGCGCUAGCUGCCAUUCACGAAAAGAGGCUCAUUCACCGUGAUUUCAAGUCGUCAAACGUGCUACUGCGAGAGGUAUGGCAGGUUAGAGAGUUUAGCUUGUGA